AUGAAAUUCACACCCGACCAGGAUAUUCCAGACCUCAGCGGCCGGGUCGUUCUAGUAACUGGCGGAAAUGUCGGACUCGGCCGCGAAACUGUGCGACAGAUCGCGAAGCACAAUCCAGCACUCAUCUAUCUGGCGGCACGCACGAAAUCCAAGGCUGAGGCGACCAUCGCCGAAUUGAAAGCCGAGAAUCCAAAUGCAGCACCCAUUUCAUUUCUCGACCUAGAUCUCUCAUCAUUUGAAAGCAUCAAGAAGGCCGCAGCGACAUUGAACAGCAGCACCGAGCGCCUGGACCUCCUCAUCAACAAUGCGGGAGUCAUGGCUACGCCGGCCGGCACGACCGCCGAGGGCUACGAGCACCAGUUCGGCACGAAUCAUGUUGGACACGCUUUGCUGACGAAAUUGCUACUGCCAAAACUCAAUGAGACCGCUGGCAAGCACCCGGAAGUGGAUGUUCGCAUUGUCAACGUCUCGUCCGGCGCACAUAGGCUGGCGCCAUUCGACGGGUAUCCAUUUGCGGCACUCAAGGGCGAUCUGGGCGACUACAGCACUUUCACGCGCUAUGGCAUCUCCAAGUUAGCCAACAUUCAUUUCACCCAGGAGCUGGCGAAGCGGAAUCCCGAGGUCAAGUGUGUUUCAAUCCAUCCUGGAGCCGUCAACACCAAUUUGUCGUCCGGAGUGACUAGCACGCGCCCAUGGUUGGCUGUGCCUGCGAAAGUGGUCUCGUGGUUGUUCGCCGGCACCGUGGAGAAGGGAGCGCUGAAUCAACUUUGGGCGGCUUUCGCCCCCCAGGCAAAGAGCGGAGAGUACUACUUUCCCGUCGGUGUUGAGACGCACGAUGCGAGGGUCGAUAAUCAUAAGGCUGCAGAGGACCUGUGGAAAUGGACGGAGGAACAACUUGAGGGGCAUACUUGA